AUGCGUUUCACUAUUGCUACCGCUAUUCUCUCAUCUGCCGCUAUGGUCGUUGCAAUUCCUACCACGGAAUCAACACUUUUCGGUCGAAGUGGAGGCCAAACUUGUGCUCAAGGACAAACCCUUCAAUGUUGUCAAUCUGUUACUGCAGCAGGCGAUGGAAUCCUAGGCAACUUGUUGGGCUUGAACUGCGCUGACAUCCCAAUUCCAAUUCUUGGUGUUAUUCUUGGAGGCAAAUGCAACUCAGCACCAGUCUGCUGCAACGUUAACGGUGGAGAUACCAGCGGAGGAAUCAAUAUUCUCACCAACAGCUGCGUUGCCGUUCCUAUCGUUAUCUAG